AUGCCCAGCUCUGAGGCGGCGGCGGGGGGCCCGGGCCCGGCGCAGAGCGAGAGGCGGCUGGGAGGAGGCGAGAGCCGGGCUGCAGCGGGGGCACAGAUUACAGGUCUCUUCCCCACAUCCCCCCAAGCAGAUGGCUACAAGGUGGUCUUCGUGCGGAGGAGCCCGCUGGUGCUGGUGGCGGUGGCGCGGACCCGGCAGUCGGAGCAGGAGAUCGCCCACGAGCUGCUCUACAUCUACUACCAGAUCCUGAGCCUGCUCACCUGGACCCAGCUCAACCACAUCUUCCAGCAGAAGCAGAACUACGACCUGCGCAGGUUGCUCGCCGGCUCCGAGCGCAUCACCGACAACCUCCUCGAUCUCAUGGCCCACGACCCCAGCUUCCUGAUGGGCGCCGUGCGCUGCCUGCCGCUGGCCGCCAGCGUCAGGGACGCUGUGAGCACCAGCCUCCAGCAGGCCAAGGCCAAGAGCCUCGUCUUCUCCAUCCUCCUGUCGGGGAACCAGCUGGUGUCCCUCGUCAGGAAGAAGGAUCAGUUCCUCCACCCCAUCGACCUCCAUCUCCUCUUCAACCUCAUCAGCUCCUCCUCCUCCUUCCGGGAGGGUGAAGCCUGGACUCCCAUCUGCCUCCCCAAGUUCAACUCCAGCGGCUUCUUCCAUGCGCACAUCUCCUACCUGGAGCAGGAGAUGGACCUGUGCCUCCUGCUGGUCUCCACCGACCGUGAGGACUUCUUCACCGUCUCCGACUGCAAGCGGCGCUUCCAGGAGCGCCUGCGGCGCCGGGGGGUCCAGCACGCUCUGCAGGAGGCCCUGCGCACCCCUUUCUACAGCGUGGCCCAGGUGGGCAUCCCUGACCUCCGCCACUUCAUCUACAAGUCCAAGAGCUCGGGACUCUUCACCAGCCCCGAGAUCGAGGCGCCCUACGUGCGGGAGGAGGAGAAGGAGAGGCUCUUGGGGCUCUACCAGUACCUCCACAGCCGCGCUCACAACUCCUCGCGCCCCCUGAAGAACAUCUACUUCACAGGCCCCCGCGAAAACCUCCUGGCUUGGGUGACCAGCGCCUUCGAGCUCUACAUCUGCUACAGUCCCCUGGGCACCAAGGCUGGCGCCAUCAGCGCCGUCAACAAGCUCAUGAAGUGGAUCCGCAAGGAGGAGGACCGGCUCUUCAUCCUGGCGCCCCAGACGUACUGA